AUGUUACUCUUUUCUUUUCUUUCCUUUUUACUUUCCUUUUUUUUCUUAUCCUCCUUUUUUUUUAUUUUCUUCUUUUUAAUUUCCUUUUCCUUUUUCCUCCGAAUUCUGCCUUUUGUUUCUCUUUUUUUAUCCCGUCUUUUUGUUUCCUUUGCCAAAUUAUUUCCAUUUCUUUCUUUCUUUCGUUCUUUCUUUCUUUCUUUCUUUCUUUCUUUCUUUCUUUCUUUCUUUCUUUCCAUAGUUCAUAUACUUUGCUUUCCUCUUCUUUUUCUAUUUCUCUCUUUCUUUUUCUGUUUUUCUUUAUUUUUCAUUAAAAUCUUUUUCUUUCUUUCUUUUCGUUCUUUCUUUCUUUCUUUCUUUCUUUCUUUCUUUCUUUCUUUCUUUCUUUUAGAAUUCAGAAAGUUACUUUUCGUUUUUCUCUUUUGUUUAUUCACGCGUCGCUUUUUCUUAUUUUUUCGUUGUUUUAUUUCGUUUUUUCUUCUCUUUCUCUUUUUCUUCUUUUCUUUUUUCUUCUCACACUGUGUCUUUUUCUUCUUUCGCUUUCCUUUUUUUCUUUCUUUUUCUUUUUCCUCUUUUCUUUUUCGUUGUUUUAUUUCGUUUUUUCUUCUCUUUCUCUUUUUCUUCUUUUCUUUUUUCUUCUCAUUCUGUGUCUUUUUCUUCUUUCGCUUUCCUUUUUUCUUCUUUCUUUUUCUUUUUCCUCUUUCUUUUUUCCUUCUUUUUCAUUUUUCUUCUUUCUCUUUUUCUUCUUUCUCUUUUCUUCUUUUUUUUCUAUCUUUUUCUUCUUACUCUUUGUCUUUUUCUUCAUUCUCUUUUUCUUUUGCUUGUCUUUUUCUUUUUUCUUUUUCUUUUUCCUCUUUCUUUUUUCCUUCUUUUUUUCUUUUUCUUCUUUCUCUUUUUCCUCUUUUCUUUUCCAUUUUUUCUGUCUCUUUUUCUUUCUUUUUCUUCUUUCUCUUUUUCCUCUUUUCUUUUUCUUUUUUCUGUCUCUUUUUCUUUCUUUUUCCUCUCUCUCUUUUUUCUUCUUUUUCUUUUUUCUCUUUUUUCUUCUUUCUCUAUCAUUUCUCUCAUAUUGUAUUCUUCUUUUCUUAUGCCAUUAUUUCUCCGCAUCCCUUGUCCCCAAAAGACUUUUUCAUUUUCUUUCUUUCUUCAUUUUUCUCACUUUCCUCCACUCCUUUUCUUCAUUCUACGUUUAAACCUUUUAUUUUCUUUUUCUUUUCUUGUUUUUUUAUUCGUUCUUUUUUUACUUUCCUAUUCAUUCUUUCUUUCUUUCUUUCUUCUUUUUUUUCUCCUCCUCCUCUAUACUUUCUUCAUUACUUUCUUCUCUCACCCCGUUCCUUAUUUUUCUUCCUCAUUUCUUCUCUUUCUUUUUUUGUUUUCGACUCCCUUCCUAACUUUUCUCUCCUCUUUCUAUCCAUUGCUUUCAUACUUCUUUAUUUCUUUUUCUUUCUAUCACCCCUAGCCUGCGUUUUCCUUUCUCUCUUCUCAUCUUUCCUUUCAUUAUUUCUUUCCUUUCUUAUUUCUUUUUUCUUCCUUUGCCUUUUUUUUUCACUACCUUUCUUUAUCCUCUCUACCGAUUUCAUUUUCUUUUCUUUCUUUUAUUUUCCAAACUUUUAUUUCCCGUUUUCAUUUCCUUGUUUUCUCUUCCGUCUAACUUUUCGCCUUUCCUUUUUUUUUUUUUUUUGGUUUCUUGGAUUCUUUUUCUUCUCUCCGAUAAAAAGAUCACAAGUAUCGAACAAUGACCCAGAAAAUACAAUCACUGAAAUGCCAACUCAUUCGGUCGUAGACUCCUUUUCAAACGGGCACAAUCAAAAGUUAUCUCCACUCGACAUCUGUUUCUUCCUUCACCAUGCAGAGUUGAGUCUUACGUCCAUUCUGACUGUCUUUCUCUCCGUAUCUAUCUAUCUAUCUAUCUAUCUAUCUAUCUAUUAG